GUCUUCUGUAUCUGUCCCAUCUCUUGGGCCUUUUUGCCUAAUGAAGUCUUUCUCAAGCAGUGAAGCACAAUCUUCUUAUGCAUCGCUUUCCCUCUAAUUAUCCCAUCACUCUUUCAGCGAACACUUCGGUGACAUCAACUAAACUCGGAGAGAUAAACCUGGUUACAAUCUUCAAAGGUAACACCUUUCCAAUUUCCAGGGCACAGAACUGCACUUAUUCACCCUGGGUUUCUCUAAUAUGUAAUAAAUUCACAACCUUUUUUACUUGAUUCUUUAGCGAGUUUCACAUUUCGGCGCAGUUUUGGAUUGUUCAUCUCUGUACACGACUCCAUCAUAAUUGAAUUGGUGAGGAGUUUAUAGAGAGGGGAAGUGAUACUUAGGAAUUCGAAUUUUGUUGAAUUUCUGUAUCUUAGGGUAGUUCUGCUGUUGGGAUUUGGGAGUGCUUAAUGAGAUAAUUAUUGUGUAAACCAAUGGCUAGUAUUACAUCUCCAGUAAAUUUGGGAAGCAUAUGCAGCUGUCAUAGGGGACAAAUUGAAGGGUCAUAUACAGUGGUUAGAAGGGUUUCUUUUGGUAAAGAUUUUAGAAGUUUUCAUAGGAUUAGGAUUGGUAGGAGAUGGAGAUACAUGUCUGUUUGUAGAUACUCAGUUAUUACUGAUUAUAUUGCUGAUCAGGGGACUUCAACAUCCCUUGAUUUUUCGCGAGGAAGUAGUAAGGAUGCUGCUGUUGAUGAUCCUUUAUUAAAGUCUAUUAUUCCUAAACCUCAGCUAAAGUAUGGGCUGAAAGCUGGUCCUCCUUUAAGCACGAGUUCUUUAACUUGGAAUGGGGCAAAAACCGGCCAGUUUUCAGAUGGUGACAAGGGAGGCAAUAAUGGGGAAGAUAAAAAUGAGGUGAUUGAGUCCCUUGGAGAGGCAGAGAAGCUAGAAACUAAUAAUAAGGUACCUAUUAAGAAACUACCAGCCAGCAGAACUGCUGGAGAGAAAAAUGGUAAACCGGUUUACUCGGUGGCUGGUCCGAGUAGGAAGUCUAAAACAAUGAAGAGUGUCUGGGUGAAGGGGAAUCCAGCAGGUGUUGUGAAAAAAGUUGUUAAGAAACCUCUUAAACAAGAACAAAAAAUUGACACAAGGGGGAAGGCUGAGAUUGAACCUGUUUCCCCUCUUAGGCCUCACCAGUUGCCUCAAAAAGUCCAACCAAAGGUACAAGCAAAGCAGCCUGUAGCUCCUCCAUCUGUAAUAAAGAAACCAGUUAUCUUGAAUGGUGUGGGUGCAGUAGCCAAGUCCCCAACUGCUGAUGCGGUUGAAUUAGCUGCAAAGAACAAAGAACACAAACCAAUUUUGAUUGAUAAGUUUGCCACUAAAAAGCCUGCACCCAGUCCUCCUAUUACUCGAAUGGUUUUAACCCCUCCAAAACCCAGGAAGAGCCCUCCAUUUGGGAAGUCCAAGGAGGAGUUUCAUAAAAAGAGCGGUGCAUCAGGAGGACCGCGUAGGCGUGCAGUUAAUGAUGACUAUGAUGAGAUUCCUGAUGAAGAGGUGUCAGAACUUGAUGUUUCCAUACCCUCUGUUGCUAAAGCACGGAAAGGCAGAAAGUGGACCAAGGCAAGUCGCAAGGCAGUGAGAUUGCAAGCAGCCAAAGAGGCUGCUCCUGUCAAAGUAGAAAUUUUGGAGGUUAAUGAAGCAGGUAUGUCGACAGAGGAGUUGGCAUACAAUUUAGCCAUGAGUGAAGGCCAAAUUCUUGGUUACUUGUACACAAAGGGAAUCAAACCUGAUGGUGUUCAAACAAUUAGCAAAGACAUGGUGAAGAUGAUAUGCAAAGAGUAUGAAGUGGAAGUUAUUGAUGCUGAUCCUGUUCGGGUAGAAGAAAUGGCCAAAAAGAAGGAAAUUUUAGAUGAUGAUGAUGUAGGCAAACUAGAAGAUAGACCACCUGUUGUCACAAUAAUGGGCCAUGUAGAUCAUGGAAAGACAACUCUUUUGGAUUACAUUCGAAAGAGCAAGGUGGCAGCAUCUGAAGCCGGUGGGAUUACUCAAGGAAUUGGUGCAUAUAAGGUGAAGGUACCUAUAGAUGGCAAGCUCCAGACAUGUGUCUUCCUCGAUACUCCUGGACAUGAGGCCUUUGGAGCAAUGAGAGCUCGUGGAGCUAGAGUCACCGACAUUGCUAUCGUUGUGGUAGCUGCUGAUGAUGGGAUACGGCCUCAGACAAAUGAGGCCAUUGCUCACGCCAAGGCAGCUGGAGUUCCGAUUGUGAUUGCCAUAAAUAAGAUUGAUAAGGAUGGAGCUAAUCCAGAGCGAGUCAUGCAAGAUCUUUCCUCGAUAGGUUUGGUUCCUGUAGACUGGGGUGGUGACAUCCCAAUGGUUAAGGUCAGUGCUCUCAAAGGAGAGAAUAUAGAUGAUUUGCUGGAAACUGCCAUGCUUGUAGCUGAGCUUCAAGAGUUGAAGGCUAAUCCUCACAGAAAUGCCAAGGGAACGGUGAUUGAAGCCAGUCUUGAUAAAUCAAAAGGACCCAUAGCUACAUUCAUUGUACAGAAUGGGACAUUAAAAAGGCAAGAUGUAGUGGUUUGUGGUGAGGCUUUUGGAAAGAUUCGUGCUUUAUUUGACGACAAUGAGAAACGUGUUGAUGAAGCUGGACCUUCCAUACCUGUACAGGUAAUUGGGUUGAAUACUGUUCCAAUUGCUGGUGAUGAAUUCGAGGUGGUUGGCUCCCUUGAUAUUGCUCGUAAAAAGGCCGAGGAACGGGCAGAAUCCUUGAGAAAUGAACGUAUAUCAUCUAAGGCCGGAGAAGGGAAAGUUACACUAUCUUCAUUUGCUUCUGCUGUUUCAUCAGGAAAGCUUACUGGGCUAGACUUGCACCAACUGAAUAUUAUUCUCAAAGUUGAUUUCCAGGGAUCAAUCGAGGCUGUCAGACAAGCACUCCAGGUGCUACCCCAGGAUAAUGUUACACUGAAGUUCCUAUUGCAAUCCACGGGAGAUGUGAACACCAGUGAUAUCGAUCUUGCUCAUGCAAGUAAAGCAAUUAUUUUUGGAUUUAAUGUGAAGGCGCCGGGCUCUGUCAAAAGCUAUGCAGACAACAAAUGUGUCGAGAUCCGAUUGUACAGAGUCAUAUAUGAACUCAUAGAUGAUGUGCGAAAUGCGAUGGAAGGACUCCUGGAACCUGUUGAGGAACAAGUGGCAAUUGGUUCAGCUGAAGUGCGGGCAGUGUUCAGCAGUGGUAGUGGGCGUGUUGCUGGGUGCAUGGUAACCGAGGGAAAAGUAGUGAAAGAACAUGGAGUUCGGGUCGUUAGGAAAGGUAAAGAAGUCCAUGUUGGUGUCCUUGAUUCACUACGACGAGUUAAGGAGAUAGUGAAAGAGGUAACUGCUGGAUUAGAGUGUGGAAUUGGCAUUAAGGAUUUUGAUGAGUUUGAGGUUGGAGAUACCCUUCAAGCCUUCAAUACAACACAAAAGAGAAGAACACUUGAGGAAGCAUCUGCCUCCAUUGCCGCAGCACUUGAAAAAGUGGGGAUAGAUCUAUGAAAGGAUACCGGUCCAACAAUUUUGUCAUAAACUUCACAAAAUACUUUGAAAUGGAGCAAAGCUGGUUUUUGUCAACACCUACCAAUCUUGCAUACUGCUCCUACAAUUGCACAGAAAAUUACAAUGUUUAGUAUAUAUACUGGUGACCUUUACAAGGGUUGCCCCAUUGGCCAUUGUUGUAUAUUAAAAAAUAUUUUUAAAUUCGAUAACCGACAAGUCAAGUCAGCAUAUUACGGGUAAA